GACCUCCCUCUGGUGAAGCAGCUCUCCACGGGGACGGAGUCAGUGAGGCCCACGGAGCAGCCGGCCCAGCCUCCAGACGAGUCCGCCGACCUGCCCCCGCGGCCCCCCAGCGGGCCCGCCCACCUCGCCCACCAGAGCGGGACCGACAGCAAGCUCACCACGGAGCGGCUGACCCAGCCUCCAGACGAGUCCGCCGACCUGCCCCCGCGGUCUCCCGGCGGGCCCGCCGACCAGCGCGGAGUCAACAGCAAGAUCACGUCCAUCACCAGCUGGGCGUCCAAGGGAAGGGGCGCGUCUUUCAGCAGCUCGCACCAGAGCUCCAAGCAGACGCACUCCUGGUCGCCGACGCCCAAUUCGACGAGCGUGCGGAGCAUGAAGAGCAAGCAUGACGGGGUCUUCCAGGCCGCGGCGGCGCAGAGGGCCAAGCAGAGUCCGAAGGAGUCCUGGCGCCAGAACGGGGUCUUCUCGAGCCCCACGAACGCCAUGAGCUCCUCGUUCGAGAUCUUCUUCGGAUGCGUGAUCGGGACCAACGCGCUCUUGAGUGGGGUGGAGGUCCAGUACAGGAGCACCCACUUGGGAGAAGGGCUCCCAGCCAGCUUCGUGAUCGUGCGCCACGUGUACACCGUGCUCUUCCUGGCAGAGCUGACGGCACGCGUGUGCCGGCACGGCCUCUCCGACUUCUUCCUGAGGGGGGACGUCUUCUGGGCGUGGACGGACACGCUGGUGGUGGUCAUAGGGCUGCUCGAGCUUGGCGUGGACACGGUUGCCCUUACGACCGACCAGAGCAAGGAGCUGCCCGGGGCCGCGGUGCUCCGGAACGUGCGCCUGGCCCGCCUGGUCCGGCUCACGCGCGCUUUCCGCUUGCACCGCAUAAUCCGUUUCAUCUCGGCGCUCCGCACGCUGGUGUACUCGAUCGUGGCGACGUUGAAGUCUCUGUUGUGGGCCAUGAUACUGAUACUGAUGAUCAUCUACGUGUUCGGCCUCGCGUUCACGGGGGAGGCGCUGGACUUCAUCGAGGAAACGGGCAACCUUGUCCAGCACGAUGAGGACGCUCUGCUGGGAGAGUGGGGGUCUCUGGACGUGAGCAUGUACACGCUUUUCCAGUCCAUAUCCGGCGGCGUCAGCUGGAGGGAUCCCGCCGCCCCGCUGCAGCGCAUCUCAAUGCUACCGACCUGCCUCUUCACUGUGUACAUCACCUUCGUGUACUUCGCCGUCCUGAACGUUGUCACUGGUGUGUUCUGCAGUUCGGCCGUGGAGACGACCCAGCGAAACCCGGACCUCAUCGCCAAGUCUAUCAUCGACAAUCGGCGAGCUGCCACCGAGAAGCUGCAGCAGCUCUUCGGAGCCAUCGACGACGACGGGUCAGGUCUUAUCACCAUCGACGAGCUGGAGUUGAUCGCAGCGGACGACCUCAUGAAGGCCUAUUUCCAGGCCCUCCAGAUCGACUUCCGCGACGCAUACACUUUGUUCAAGCUCAUAGAUGCCUCCAACGAUGGGGCGAUCAAGCUGGACGACUUCCUCCGGGGAUGUGAGAAGCUGAAGGGUAAUGCUACAAGCAUGGAGAUGGCCGAGAUCAGCUACGACCUGAGGAACAUGACCAAUCAGAUGGCCACUAUGCUUGUAGCGCUGGAGACUCCGAGCAUCGAGAAGUUGCGCCGGGUCCGAGGCAGCAUGACCAAAGAUCUAGGCUCGUUGUGA